GGGAUUUUAUCAUUGAGGAACUGAAUUUGGGAUUCCGAGCUUACACAUGACUUUGCUGCGCAAAUUGUUCUUUCGUAAGCCCCCCGAUGGGCUUCUUGAGAUCUGUGAGAGAGUUUAUGUUUUCGACUGCUGCUUCAUGACGGAUGCUUGGAAUGAAGAAAACUAUAAAGUCUACAUGGACGGAAUUGUUGCUCAACUUCGAGAGCACUUUCCUGAUGCUUCGAUCUUGGUCUUCAAUUUCCGCCAGGAAGAAACGAAGAGUCAGAUGGCUAACAUCUUGUCAGAUUAUGAUAUGACUAUAAUGGACUACCCUCGGCAAUAUGAGGGCUGCCCAGUGCUCAAGAUGGAGGUCAUCCACCACUUUUUACGGUCGAGUGAAAGUUGGCUCUCGCUUGGGCAGCAUAAUGUUCUGUUGAUGCACUGUGAACGUGGUGGCUGGCCGGUUUUGGCUUUCAUGCUGGCUGCGCUUUUGAUUUAUCGAAAGCAAUACAGCGGAGAACAGAGAACUUUGGAUAUGGUUUACAGGCAGGCUCCACGUGAGCUUUUGCAGUUUUUGUCACCGUUAAAUCCGAUUCCUUCCCAGCUGCGGUAUCUGCAGUAUAUUUCCAGGAGGAAUGUGGCCAUAGAUUGGCCGCCAUUGGACAGGGCGCUUACGUUGGACUGCAUCAUUCUCAGAUGUUUCCCGAACUUUGAUGGGGAAGGUGGAUGCUGUCCUGUAUUUCGAAUUUAUGGACAAGAUCCUUUUCUUGCAGAUAAAACUCCAAAAAUCUUGUAUUCAACACAGAAGAAAAAUAAAACCAUCCGGUUUUACAAGCAGGGAGAGUGUGAACUAAUUAAAAUUGACAUCAACUGUCAUAUCCAAGGUGACGUUGUGAUUGAAUGCAUUAACUUGACCAGUGAUAUGGACCACGAACGGAUGAUGUUCCGAGUCAUGUUCAACACAGCUUUUAUUAGGUCCAACAUAUUGAUGCUUAACCGGGAUGAAGUUGAUAUUUUAUGGGAUGCUAAGGAUGACUUCCCCAAGGAUUUCAGAGCGGAGAUCCUUUUCUCAGAGAUGGAUGCUGCUGCUGCUGUUAUUGCGGAUGGUACCUCAUGCUUUGAGGAGAAGGAGGGACUGCCAGUGGAAGCAUUUGCCAAAGUUCAGGAGAUCUUUAACCAUGUGGACUGGUUGAAUCCUAAGGCUGAUGUUGCACUAAAUGUACUCCAACAAAUUAGUGCUUCGGUGCAUGACCAGAUAGAUAGAAUUUCUACUCAGCAGCAUGAUACUGGAUCUUUGUUGCAUGAAAAAGAUUCUAGAGUGCCUCAGGGAAAAAAGAAUGAAGCAAAAAGGUUAUUGUCAUCAAAUAAUGAAUCCCCGGAGUUUGGUAAACCUGUGACAAGUUCUACAAAGUUUGAUGUAGAAGCACAAGUGCAUGAUCUUGCCAUGUCUAGUUCUGUAGACAUUUCUAGUGAAUCACUUUCACCAAACACACCUCCACAGAAUCCUUCCUUGCUUAGAAAAUCUGAUACUCCACCCAACACACAACUACCUUCUUAUCUUUCCCCUCUAGGACCAGGAUAUCCUGUUACUGGCGAAUUUGAAGCCCAAUCAAAAGACAGAAGCGAGUCAUCAAUCUUUAGUUCAACAUCUGGAACAUCAUUAUCAAGUGUCUUUCCAAAUAAGUUGCCUCUUGACGCUGCUUCCCAUUUUUCAGCUUCAUCUAUGACUUCAACUCAGCCAUCUCCUUCCCUUACAACCCCUAUGAAGGAGAUUCUACCUGUUAGAACUAGACCUGCUUCAUCCACUUCACAACCUCCAGCACCACCCACACCCACGACUCCUCCUCAAAAGGAGCAUAAACUGGUUAGAGCUGUACCUCCCCCGCCGCCGCCACCUCCACCUCCACAGAAAAAGCAAUCACCGGUUAGAGUCAUGCCUCCUCCACCCCCACCAAUGGAAGAACCACAUUUUCGACACCCUCCUCCCCAACGGCCUCCUCUAAAGGAGGAGCCUAACGUUAAAACUGGACCACCACCCCCUCCACCACCUCCUUUGAAGGUGCAGCCACCUCCCCCUGCUGCAGAACUCUCCUCCAAGAACCCUAAUCCUUUGUUGCAGAAUUCUACAUCUGUUCCUGCUGCUCCUAAUGCUCCUCCACCUCCUGUUCCCAUUAGUAAAGGAGAUCUAAAAUCAGGGGAUGGAAAUAUUGCAUCUAGUACGAUAGGACCCCGAGGACGAAUUCUAUCUCGUACAAUAAGUAACAAAAAUCAAAAUAAAAAGCUGAAGCCGUUGCAUUGGCUGAAAAUAUCUAGAGCAGUGCAAGAGUUGUGGCAUGAGGCAGCGAAAUCUGGUGAAGCUUCCAAAGCCCCAGAGAUUGAUAUGUCAGAGCUUGAGAGUCUCUUCUCAGCAGCAGUCCCAAGUUCAGGCCCUGCCAAGAAAGUAGGUGGCAGAAGCUCAGCUGGGCCUAAAUCUGAUAAAGUGCAACUGGUUGAGCACAGAAGAGCAUAUAAUUGUGAAAUCAUGCUUUCAAAAGUAAAAGUGCCAUUGCAAGAUUUGAUGAGCUCAGUGCUAGCACUAGAGGACUCAGCACUAGACAUUGAUCAGGUUGAAAACCUUAUAAAGUUUUGUCCUACAAAAGAGGAGAUGGAAUUACUCAAGGGUUAUACUGGAGAAAAGGAGAAGUUAGGGAGGUGUGAACAGUUCUUCCUAGAGUUGAUGAAAGUACCACGGGUAGAGUCCAAACUCAGAGUGUUUUCAUUCAAGAUUCAGUUCCAAUCUCAGGUUUCUGACCUUAGAAAAAGCCUGAAUAUUGUAGAUGCUACUGUAGAAGAGAUUAGGAAUUCUUUCAAAUUGAAGAGAAUUAUGCAAACGAUACUUUCUUUGGGAAAUGCUUUGAACCAAGGAACUGCUAGAGGUUCUGCUAUUGGAUUCAGAUUGGACAGCCUUCUUAAACUCACUGAGACACGAGCACGGAACAACAAGAUGACUCUCAUGCAUUAUCUUUGUAAGGUGUUGGCUGACAAAUUACCUGAAGUUCUAGACUUCUCCAAGGAUCUUUCUAACCUAGAGCCUGCAGCAAAGAUCCAAUUGAAGUUUUUGGCAGAGGAGAUGCAAGCUGUAAGCAAAGGAUUAGAGAAAGUUAUCCAGGAACUCUCAACCUCUGAAAAUGAUGGUCCUAUAUCUGAGACAUUCCGCAAGACUUUGAAAGACUUCCUCCGUUCUGCUGAAGCUGAAGUUCGAUCACUGGCUUCAUUAUACUCUGGCGUGGGUAGGAAAGUGGACGCGUUGAUUGUUUAUUUUGGUGAAGAUCCAUCUCGCUGCCCUUUUGAGCAAGUUGUGUCAACCUUGCUCAACUUCACGAGGAUGUUUUACAAAGCCCAUGAAGAAAACUGCAAGCAGCUUGAGCUUGAAAUGAAGAAAUCAUCUGAUAGUGAGAAAAAGAUAUGUGAAUCACAAAGGAUACUGCCUACAGCAAUCCGGACCGGCAACGUCAAGUGAUCAGUAAUUAGAUGGACUACUAGCUUUGAACCAGAAUGGCUGAUGAUGUUGAACAAGCUUGUACAUGGCACAAGUAUCAGAAUCUGGCAAUUUGCAUUGCAGAACAGAAUGUAGCAGCUCAUUAUGGUGCUUAAGUGAGAUUAUUUUGGAUCUCACGGCAGAGGUAGCAGAUCUCGCAGGAUCUUGUUCUUUUCUCAGACAACUUGUAUAUAUAUCUUCGCUCAGCAAAUGUAACAUUGUCAGUAAUUUUCAGGAAAAGGAGGGAUUUGUUAUUUUUCUCUCCCCUUCUGAUUUUGAUCUUCUUUCUACCAACACAAGGUUGGCAUUUCAAAUGAAAAUUUUUGAAUAUCAUCUCUUGUAUAGAUUAUCUACAAUAGGUAAUAUUCAUUCACUGAAGAAUGUACUCUAGAGCAUAAUAUUCCUUACUUGUAGACAUUAAAACGUAAAGGAUUGUUGGUCCCAAGAAAAGGAGACGAUGGUUCAAAAAGUGAUGGGAAAAAAAUUGAUGAAAGUAAA